CAAGAAAUCUUUGCCCUGGAUCACUUGAAAAAUACCAGAUUCGUUUUGUUCAUCAUGUCGAAUUUUCUCUUGUACAUGUGGUAUGAGAUCCCAUUGACCUUUCUUGCCGACACUGCCACGGGCUUGGGCUACUCGGAAGGAGAAGGAGCCAUGUUGGGAAGUACGAUCGGACUUUUAACCGUUUUCGGAAAUAUAAUUUUGGGGUAUUUGGGGGACAAGAAGUGGGCAAAUUCCGUGACGAUUUAUGGCCUGUGUAUUUCCAUUUGCGGCAUCGUGACCGGCCUGAUGCCCUGCCUCUUUGGGAAGUUGUUCAGCAUGGGGCUCACCUACUACUUCCUCGUCUUGCUCUGCGCGUGUUUGGUCGUCAGUUUGGAAAAGUUUACCCCCGCGUACGGUCUUCUCCUACUUGUGCAAGGGAUCGGAAACCUGAUCGGACCACCCAUUGCUGGCCUCCUCUACGACUACACGGGAAAGUACGCCUGGUCAUUUUGGAUCGCUGGGGUGGGAUCUUCAUCUCCAAUUUUUCAUCCUCGCCCCAAUCUAUCAACGCCAUCAAGCCCGGUACGAAGAGUCGACUCGGGACAUUUCCGCCAGUCGCAGCAGUGGACGCAGCAACAGCAGUUGUGA